GUGAAGAGGAUCACAGAGAGACAGACAACUGAUCUACAGAGAAGCAAUGGGAGUUUUAUAAUAAAUUGACAAUCGUAGGCAACCGAAAGCAGUGUUUUAUAGUAUCGAUUUCUAAUUGUUGUUUUAGAUAGCUUCCUGGGAAUGCAAGCAAUGGAUCCAAUAACGAAGUGGACACCAACGCAAGUUGUCGACUGGAUGAAAGGGCUGGAUGACACCCUGCAGCAGUAUGUAGCUAACUUUGAGCAGGAGAAAAUCAGCGGGGAGCAGUUGCUGAAGAUCUCCCAUCAGGACCUGGAGGAGCUGGGUGUGGCCCGCAUUGGACACCAGGAGCUGGUGCUGGAGGCUGUCGACCUGCUCUGUGCUCUGAACUACGGAGUGGAGACAGACAACCUGAAGGGUCUGGUGGUGAGGAUGAGAGCAGCCACCAACAGCCUGCACAUGUCCACGUCAGACCGCAGGAAGUGCCAGACAUACGACGGCAACACCUCCAGGAAACCCCCCAACGACUUCCUCACCUCCGUGGUAGAGCUCAUCGGAGCUGCCAAGAGUCUCCUGGCCUGGCUGGACAGGACGCCCCUGACUGGGAUCAGUGACUUCACCAGCACCAAGAAUAAGAUCAUUCAGCUGUGUCUGGACCUCACCACCACAGUUCAACAGGACUAUACUGUUUACGAGAUGGAGGAAAAGAUCCUGGAAGUUUCCAAGGUUCUGAACAGCAUCUGUGACCAGACCGUGAGAACCACCUCUGACCCUCUGAUGAGCCAAUCAGCAUGCUUGGAUGAAGUUCAGCUCAACAACCUCAAGCCUGGGGAGGGACUGGGUAUGUACAUCAAAUCCACCUAUGAUGGACUUCAUGUCAUCACGGGCACCACAGAGCAUUCCCCGGCGGACAUGACUAGGAAGAUCCAUGGAGGUGACGAGGUGAUCCAGGUCAACCAGCAGACAGUGGUGGGCUGGCAGCUGAAGAACCUGGUGGGGAAGCUGAGAGAGGACCCUAAAGGUGUAGUCCUACUGCUGAAGAAGAGACCUACAGGCACCUGCGGGUUCACACCGGCCCCCCUCAAGAACAUGCGUUGGAAACCGCCCAUGGCUCAGAGCACCCCUUCCCUGAACAAACCCCAGUCUCCAGGUUGUUCCACAGACAGCGCCACCAAGAAGGAGAAACCCGCUAUCCUGGACCUGUACAUCCCCCCUCCCCCCUCGGUACCCUACACCCCACGCUGUGUACCCCUAGAGAAUAAGAUCAGCUCUUACUCCAGUAUCAAUAAGAUCAGACCAAAGGGUUCAGAGUCGCCCAAUUCCUUCCUGGACCUAGAGAGUCAAAGACGCUUCACCGUCGCAGACUACGACAAGCUGGGCGUGGUCUACCCUAUCGAGGCCAAUGUCAUUCAGCCCAGGAUGAGGCAACGCAACACCUCAUCUCGUGGUAAGCCACGCCCCCUCUCCAUGCCAGUGGAUACCUGUCUUGGAGUUGCAGACCCCUAUGCCAAGCCCUGGGCACAAGGCCAGAAAGGCGAGGAUCUACUGUACAGAUACCUGAGUAAUGAGCGGAUCCCCACCAUUGCUGAGGAGGUCACAUCAGUGGCGCCGCCCUACAGGCCGGUGGGGGAACGGCAGCUGGUCCGAGGGGUGGACCACAUCCGGGGCAGCCGCUACUUUGCCAACCAGGACCUCCACCACAGCGCCACCAUCCCCUACCAGGACCAUGACCUGGACAGCAAAAAGACCCCCAUAGCCCCCGCCUCCAAACGCCCCCCGGCAGAGCCCUCGCUACUGGUCAGUUGGAUCACACGGCUUAAGCUAUUGACUCACUGAUGAUGGGCUUCCUGUUCCUGUCUUUGUCCUCCUCAGUGCCUUUUUGUCCUCCGACUGUUUGCAGUGGGCUCUCCUUCUCUCUCACUUUCUCCCUGCCUUCCCGGUGUUACUACUACUGUACUGCUCUACAACCAAACUGCUUGAGUAGUUAACUCACUGCAUUAUAAUACAUCUCCUAACCAAUCCUAGUCCCCUACUGACUACCAACCAAUCCCAGUCCCCUACCAACUACCAACCAAUCCCAUCUCAGCCACACAAUCAGAUAAAUAUAGGAAUAUUUAGUGCGCUGGCUGCCACAUCCAAUACAUGCAUGAGAACAAUAAUAUUUGGAGCUAGACGUUUUACCAAAAGGAAAUGUCUGUCUAUCUGUCUACAAAUGGACAAGAGGAAUGUUUUGGGACAUAUCAGCCAUGUAUCUUCAUGGGAACUUUUUUUAAAUAUUUGUUUUUACUUACAGUGCAUUCGGAAAGUUUUCAGACCCCUUCCCAUUUUCCACAUUUUGUUACGUUACAGCCUUAUUUUAAAAUUGAUUUGUUUUUUCCUCAAUCUACACAUAAUACCCCAUAAUGACCAAGCAUAAAAAGGUGUUGACAUUUUUGCAACAGAAACAACACUAAAAUAACAUAAGUAUUCAGACCCUUUCUCAGUACUUUGUUGAAGCACCCUUGACAGCGAUUACAGCCUCGAGUCUUCUUGGGUAUGACGCUACAAGCUUGGCACACUUGUAUUUGGGGAGUUUCUCCCAUUCUUCUCUGCAGAUCCUCUCAAGCUUCGUCAGGUUGGCUGGAGAGAGUUGCUGGACAGCUAUUUUCAGGUCUCUCCAGAGAUGUUAGAUCGGGUUCAAGUCCGGGCUCUGGCUGGGCCACUCAAGGACAUUC